AUGUCUGGCGGAACACCCGUUGGGUGUAAAAGUAUGAGGCAGAGGCAUAGUCAAGGAUAUGCCUCAAGUGGUGAUGACCUUGAAGAUGAUGCAUGUUCAAGGGCAAUGUCUCAACCUUUUUCAUUGCCAAGAACUCGGACAUGGGUUGAAAUUUUGGAAAAUUUUCUCUGGAUUGCUUCUGCUGUUUUUAUCGUUUAUUAUGGGGACAGGAACUCCAAUUUCAUAUACCUCCUGUUGCACGAUCAUCGGAUUAGAAGGAUACCAUUGUAUAUGGGGAUGCUCGGUGUCAGUUUGAAUGUUCUCUUUUUUGUGUAUAUGAGUUUGCUAGCUUGGGGAGUCCGAAAGUCCAGUGAGAAGUGGGAAGUAUCAAGUACAGCUGCACUGCCAUUUAUCACUUUUCUUGGGCUUCUGUCCUUCUGCUUGUUGUCUUUUGCUUUAUGGCCAAUUUGGAAUUUCUUGACAUUGCCCCUCGUGUUCACUCUAUUCAUGGCUUACAUGGUCAUUGUACCGUAUUUGGUUCUGGGAAAUUUUAAGCCACAAACGGAUUUACUUCGUACAGAUUAG